AUGUUGGUGGCCCGAUUCAAGCAGCUCAAAAAGGUGGGCAGCCACAUCACCGCCGUUGAGUCUAGGCUCCCGUCCCAUACCGAUAAUAAAAGGACCAGACAAGGCUUGGCCCCAACCCCAGCCCAUCUCGACAGUCCUAUUUCCGCAACAGCGCCCGCACUAACGCCGUCGCCAUAUCAUAUUCGUGUGGACGCACGACAAGGAGGAGUGGAACAUUAA